GACCGCUUUAGGGUUCGUCUUCAUUCAAGCUAGUUAUAUAAAGGCGCAGAAACACCCUACCGCUCGCUUUCUCUAGGUAAGUGAGACGGAGGAGCAACUGCACGGAUCUUGCUCUUGCUGCGAAAAUGGUUUCCUACAGGUAUCACCAGUACCAGGUUGUUGGAAGAGCACUUCCUACCGAGGGAGAUGAGCAUCCCAAGAUUUACAGGAUGAAAUUGUGGCACACAAAUGAGGUCCGUGCUAAGUCCAAGUUCUGGUACUUCUUGAGGAAGUUGAAGAAGGUGAAGAAAAGCAAUGGUCAAAUCCUUGCUAUCAAUGAGAUCUUCGAGAAGAACCCAACUAAGAUCAACAACUAUGGGAUCUGGCUCCGCUACCAAAGCCGAACCGGUUACCACAACAUGUACAAGGAGUUCAGGGACACAACUCUGAAUGGUGCUGUGGAGCAGAUGUACACUGAGAUGGCUUCUCGCCACAGAGUUAGGUCUCCAUGCAUUCAGGUGAUCAAGACUGCCACCAUCCCUGCCAAGCUGUGCAAGAGGGAGAGCACCAAGCAGUUCCACAACUCCAAGAUCAAGUUCCCAUUGGUGUUCAAGAAGGUGAGACCCCCAACCAGGAAGCUCAAGACUACUUACAAGGCAUCCAGGCCCAACUUGUUUGUGUAAGUUAUUCCCAUUGUCUGGUGAAUGGAUUCGAGACACAGAGAGAGUUGGAUGUGGGGGCUGGGUUAUCGAUGGAGCUUUUCCCGUUUGUAGAAGACUUGUUUGUUUCAUCAGUUUUGUUGCUUCGGAUGGAUGUUCGAUUUUGGAACCUGGAUGUAGCGUAUAACAUGGCGAUCAGAAUUGAAUAUUGUGUGGGAGAACACAUCUUUGCUCUCUUUUGCAAGGCAAUGCUGAUAUUGAUAUGUUCGCUGUUCUAUUAUAAGCAAUUAGCUUUGCCAACAGCACUACUUAUUACUGUUUGGUAUAGGUCCCUUGUUUAGCCCUCUGUGUUUAUCAAUUGUCUAUUAUGGCAUGGAUUGAUCGUUGGUAUUUU